UAUGCCAGACUGCAGCUCGCUGAAACCCCCUCCGCGCAGCAGAUUAUCGGACCGAACCAUUGCCGCAGUUCAGGUUUUAACACCUGUCACAUGAGGCUUUCCGCUCGCAAACCGGCGGCUAUCACUGCAUCUGAGCAAGUUCACUUGGCCACACUGCGGACGUACGUCGGACGCUGCCUUCAUGCAAACGCAGCCACAGUGCAGCUCUCGCUGAGACGAGCUGCCAAACCGCACCGACACCCCCAUUGUGCGGCUGGCAGCAUCACCCACUGCCUGCAAUGGCGUUGUAGCGGCUCCGGUGUGUCCAAGCGUCUCCGUGGUGGCGAUUUCGUCCCGGACUAUUUACGAGAGAGAUGUUAUCAUCGAAAGGUUGUGCAGCGAGAGCAUCAUUUGCCACAAGUUUGCGCCGUGGAUUACGUUUUAUUUAUCUCACGCGUCCAACGAAGCCGGAGCCAUGAAUGUGUGAAUGGUCUGGAAGGAACUAUAACGUCAGCUGGGUCAGAUUAAACAGCGCUGCAGUAGGUCAAACUAGACUCCCUCACUCCCACGCUCUAAUGAGGCCACGGCGAUGCUGACAUCUCCUCUGAAUCCAAAGAGAUCAUCAUGCUGAAGACGGAGGCCUCGGGGGAGAGGACCAGCCUCCGAAGUGCCUCCCCCCACCGCAACGCCUACCGGGCUGAGUUUCAGGCGCUCAAGAAGGCCUUCGACCAGCCUCGGAUCGAUGGAGACUCAAAGCCCAAAGACCUCGAGCGGGUUAAACAACCGAGGGGCCGCCAGUAUGGCACCCACGUCAGUCGCAUUAAGGACAUGUUCAUGCAAAUGGGCUCAGAAAAUGCCACCACUAAGUCUAGGGGCCGUGAUGAUUCCUCACCACAAAAGCUGGUGAAGCCCACCAACUUUAUCAACAAGGCUGACGGAACAGUGAUAAAACUCCAGCAUUCCUCAUCGGCAGAAAGGGUUGGAGGUGCUGGAGCAAAGUUCUCUGAAACCAGGAAGCUAUUCGAACAGCAGUCACGUGACCAGUCUCAAUCACCGGUCUUUCCCUGCGGACGGGAUAAAAGGGGCUCCCAUGAGCACCUUGAUGACUGGCGAGGUGCGAGGUCCAACCGAGGCAGUACAGACUCCUUGGACUCACUGUGCUCCAGAACAGAGGCAUCCUCACCCACUGUUAGUCAGCUCAGCGCUGUUUUUGAAAAUGCCGACCACCACAAUCAGAGUGUUUCCUACAGAGGAGUCACCAGAAGAGCUCUAUACUCACCCGACGGAUUCCACCGUCAUGGAGGUGAUCUCAGUGAGGAUGACUCGAGACAAUCUCCCGUUCGCUCAACAUACCGGAACAGGACAGGGGGCAAGUUUCCCACAUCCUUGUCUUCUGAGGACCUCCUGAGCCCCAGUCCUGGGGAAGAGACAGAACUGAAAUCAGAGGCUCCACAAGAGGAAGAAGCCCAAGAAAAAUCUACAAGGAGAGACAGACACCAUUUGUCUGGUGCCACCACCAAUGGAAGCCAAGUUAAUGGCUCCUGUGAAGAAGAAGAAAAACCUUCAGACACAAGAAAUCAUACCGAGGAUCUAGGUGUCUCUAAAGCCUCCAAACCUGCACAUGGUACUGUGACUACCAAUAAAUCUUCUGAAGAUGCCACUCACAAGAUGCUGCCGACCCCAACUACACCAACUAGAGAAAGCCAAGAGGAUGGGGAUGUUUCAAAGGAAGACAAGCCCUCUGAAUCUCCCAAGGACCAGAUGGAAGAACCUGAUGAGGAAUACACUGGGAAUGAGCGGGUGAUUUUUAACGCAGAUGGUGACGCCUGUUACCAGGGUUGGGGUGAAAGCUGCACCGAUCCUGAGGAUGACCUCUACGGCGACGAUGAGGAUAUUGUCUACGACCCGGGUUCUGAUCUGACAGAGAUUCCUGGUCUGCCCCAGGAAAACAAAGAGGACAUCCCUCCAAAGAGGAAGAUUCGCUUCAGCACUGCUCCCAUUACAGUGUUUAACACCUACUCCAAUGAGGACUAUGACCGACGUAAUGAGGAGGUGGAUCCCGUGGCUUCCUCUGCCGAGUAUGAGCUAGAGAAGAGGGUGGAGAAACUGGAGCUCUUCCCAGUGGAGCUGGAGAAAGAUGAAGAUGGCCUCGGGAUCAGUAUCAUCGGGAUGGGUGUUGGCGCUGACGCUGGUCUGGAGAAACUGGGCAUCUUUGUCAAAACUGUCAUUGAGGGUGGAGCUGCUGAAAGAGACAGCAGGAUCAAAGUGAAUGACCAGAUCGUGGAGGUGGAUGGGACCAGUCUGGUGGGCGUCACUCAGAGCUUUGCUGCCUCCGUCCUCAGAAACACAUCAGGAGUGGUCCGGUUUGUGAUUGGUCGAGAGCGCCCGGGUCAGCAGAGUGAGGUGGCCACGCUCAUCCAGCAGACCCUGGAGCAGGAGAGGAGACAGAGAGAACUACUAGAGCAGCAGUAUGCCCACUACGACGCUGAUGAUGACGAGCAAACCGGAGAAUAUGCCACUGAUGACGAGGAGACUGGAACAACGGUGGCAGGCGGUGAGAAGAGCAUUGAGGUGUUUGACUUGCCGGAGACAGAAGACAUCUUGUCACCGUCAGACUUGGAUGCCACUAAACUCUACCAGAAGUUCAGAGAGCUCCAGAUCAAACACACAGUGACCGAGGCCGAGAUCCAGAAGCUUAAAAACAAGUUGGCAUCAGUAGAGAGGGAAAAGCAGCGCUGGGAGAAGGAGAAGAGCCAGCUGAAGGCCAGUAUCGAGGAGAACAAGGAGAGGAUGCUGAAGCUGGAGAGCUACUGGAUUGAGGCACAGACCCUCUGCCACACCGUCAACGAACACCUGAAGGAGGCCCAGGCCCAGUACCAGGCUCUAGAGAAGAAGUAUAAUAAAGCCAAGAAACUCAUCAAAGACUUCCAGCAGAAAGAGGUGGAGUUCAUCCAGAAGGAGGAUGCAGAGAGGAGGCGGCUGGAGGAGGCUGAGAAAGCUCACCUGGCUGAGAUCCAAGGACUGCAAGUCAGGAUUGCAACAUUAGAGUCCGAGCUAAUGCAGCUGAUGAAGCAGAACGGUAUCCAGGUCAACAACAACAACAGCAACAGUUCCGAGAGGCUCAGCGCUCAGCAAUACAGCCCUAACAGAGCUGCAACGCAAGCCAGAGAACUGAGGGAAGCCUCUCCACACUCACCCAGCAAAAAGAAGGGCUGCAGAGGAGUUGUCAGAGACAGCAUCAGCUCCACAGAAGGAGAGGUCUUUGAAGGACAUGGUAGUCCAGCCCACAGCCGCGCUGGUUCUAUUCGUAGUGUGAUCUCUUGUGAUGGGGGAGCAGCAGUCCAUAGGCCCCCUGGCAGUGUGGAGGGUUCCCCCAGAAGAACGGUGCAUGGUUCUCAGUCUCCUGCAAUGUCGAGCCCCUCUCACAAUUUGGAGGAGCACCGACAAGCUCUGGACCCUGGGUCCUCCAUCAGGAAAACCAAAGUGAAGGACAGAGAUCCCAGAGCCUCUCCUGGAAACAGCUCCACAGAACCAUCAGCAGAGGACAGUCCACAGAAACUCAAGGCCAAGAACUCACUUACAUGGCCCUACUUCUUCUCAUAUUCAUAUUAUUUGGGACCCACUUUGAACGAUGAUAUGAGCGCCAGCAGCAGCAGCUCAGUGGAGAUCAGUGGUCUGCUCAGUGAAGCCAAGACGUCAGGACGCUCACACACCCUGGUGCUCUCCUCAGACGAGAGUCUGGAUAUGAUAGAUGAUGAGAUCCUGGACGAGGCUCAUUUUUCAAAGCAGUGUCAGUGGCAGAACCGCAGCAUUACAGAGUGGACUUCACAGCAAGUGGCCCGCUGGCUCACGGGCCUCAACUUAGAUCACCAUAUCCCAGAAUUCACUGCCAAAAAUAUAAGUGGAGAGCAGCUGCUACAGCUGGAUAGCACUGAGCUCAAGGCCCUUGGAGUCACUUUGUCCCAGGAACGUGCCCUGAUCAAGAAAAAGAUCAAAGAACUUAAAGUUCUGAUGGAGAAGGCCAAGAGGAACCAAGAGAAAGUUGAAAAACAGCGUGAGAAGCUACGAAAGAGAGAGCUGGAGCAGCAGCAAAAAGAUGCCCACAAUGAAAGUGCAGCAGAGUGAAAGGAGCCCUCAGAUUACCUCCCGCUUUACAGUAGCACCACACACCAAGUAGCAUCUCGCAGAACAGAACCUCAGCAGGCCCCACAAAUGAACCCUGAGGGAUGCCUGCUUAGUAGUUCAGUAGUUCUCAGUGGUGGAGCUCUACGCCCAGCUGCCAGAGGUUGUUGAGUGACUUUUUCACUAAGCAAAUUAAACCAAAAUGAGCAGUUGGAUAAAAGAAUGCUGCCCUCCAUUGGCCUCAUUUUACACCCAUCCUGUGUUUUUAGCCAUUUAAGAAUUAACUGAGUUCUAUUUAUUUUGCUGUUUAUAGCUGUAAAUUGGGUUUAUUUAUUCAUAUCCAGAAUAUGUCUGUGAAAAGUUCAUCUCAUCUUCCUCCCAUGACACCCUCAGAGCCAUCCGUUAGACAUGAAGUCCAUAUACAUGUACAAUGAUAAAUACAGAUACAAAUAUGUCUGAUGUGCCAUUUCAAUAGACUUCUGUAUAUCCUGUUCAGAUACAUAGAUCACUGGAAUCUCUCUGUUGCUUUCAUGAAGCACAUCCAGGUCAGCUCUGUGGUGGAAUAUAUGAGGCAGUGCUCAUCUCCCACCACUAGGUGUCCCCAUGCUGCUUACUUUCACUACUAAAGAUGGCAACACUGGAACUUUACAACAGGAACUGAACUGGGAACCAAGUUUCACUGGGAGAAACUGAGCUCUCUCAGAACCUGCAAGAACACUGGAAGUGCAAACACUGUAAAUUUGACCUGUGCACUGGCUCACAGUGCUCCUUACAGUAUACAUGUACCAUACUAAAGCAGUUCUCAAAGUAUGACUGACAAGGACAUACUGUACUCUCUGGACUGAUUCCAAUAGAGAUUUCAGGUACUAUGUAAUCAUUAAAUUUGUAACUUACCUAACCCGUGCAACAAAAACAAAACAACAAAAAAAAAGUUGAUCAAAUGAAACACCCUGCUUAUAUGCAUAAUGUUGCUUCGACUCCGCUUGUAACCUGCUUUUGACCUCUUUUUAUAUUCUCUCAGUAACAGAGUAAUACCCCGCUGCUGCCUUUAGAAGUUCUAGAGAAGUAGAAUUUUUCUGAACUCUACCCGCUUCUGUGAGUGUCGAAACACAUGCUAAACUAAGUCAUCUGUUCCUGUCCUUUUAUUAUUUCUGCAAAAGUUUUCAAUGCAUAUUUCUCUAGAAUAUUCCAAUCAGAUAUUAGGAAUGCUGCCAUAUAGACGGUGAUCAAGGACAGUGCUGAAAUUGUCAUAUAAAGAUUAAUUGUACCUGAGACUUUAAUGUUACACUGGAAAUUGCACCUGAUGGAUGCAACAUAGUUUUAUUAUGAAAUUGGUUUAGUUUGAAGCAUUUUGAUGUACUUGUUAGAUACCUUUAAAAUGAUUUUGACCAAUGUUUCUUUAUGCAAACAGUUCUUAUUUUAGAAGUAUUAAGUUCACUGAGAGACAUGUUCCCUGUGUUACUUCUUUAUCAUUCCCAAGAAUCAUUCCGACACCAGAGUCACCGUGAUAGAAAUGAAGGCAGCUUUGGUAACCUGCCUGAUGAGCUGCUAACAGGUUAAGUUUGGGCUACAGAUACUUCCACGCAGCACCACAGUAGUACAGCUAUCACUGAUAGAAGCUAAUGUUUUUAUUUAUUUGUUCCUGUAUUUAAUGAAGCAACUGACUACUGUUUAUUAAAACUUAUACAAAAUAUUACUAACACCUAAUAAUGAUUUAUCCAGAAUUUAAUUAUUACUUCCUUUUGCCAAAACAUGAUUAAAACUGUUCAUUUGAAGUGAUUUAUAUUCAAAUGGCUGUUAUAAAAUGAAGGAUUUAAAGUUUGGUUCUGCAGAGAAAGAAGAAAACACAGUAGUAUUCUCCCAUUGUGCUUGUGGUUUUCCUCAAUGCAACCAUAGUGCUGCUCCAGUGCUACUCCAAUAAACUGCUCAUGAUGUAUUCUUAUGAAAUAUUUUGUAACACUUGAACCUUUCUGUGAAUACCCCCAAACCCCGACAAGUCAGUCAGCAGACUGCACUCUUUUGACUCUUUUCUAUGUAUAGUAAAACACUGAGAGCAAUAUGGUGUAAGAAUCCUAAAGAAGCCUUGUUUUAUAAUGUGUCAGUGUGUGUGCGCAGUUUGCCAGUGGGCUGAGGAGACAGAAAAUGCGAUUCCACAUCUUUUUUUUUCAUGUGCUUGACUGAGCUUGAAACCAACGUAUGGAUGAGACCCUGGUGCUCCUGGCAGGCAAAAACAUAAAUAUAUGUCUGGAAAAAUUCGUCUUUCAUGUGCGUAGGAAGCAAAAGAUUAUUGCCAGAAACUGCUAGCCAUGCUUUCACUCUUAAAAAGCUGUGCUUAUUCUCCUCCUCCUUUUUGUCAUUGCCUUGCUCUCUUUUUCGCAUUAUGAAAAGUCUGAAAGGGCAGCUACCUGUCACACUGAAUAAAAUGUGCAGUCACGGUCCACA